CCUGACAGGAUCCUACCAGCAGAGCAUGCAAUCAGGGAGCAGCAACAGCAGGGAAGAUGCAGAAGCCUAGUCAGAAAGAGCAUCUCUACAAGCUACUGGUGAUUGGGGACCUGGGUGUGGGCAAAACCAGCAUCAUCAAGCGCUACGUCCACCAGAACUUCUCCCCUCACUACCGGGCCACCAUUGGGGUGGACUUUGCCUUGAAGGUGCUCAACUGGGAUGCUGAGACGGUGGUACGGCUGCAGCUCUGGGAUAUUGCUGGUCAGGAAAGAUUUGGAAACAUGACAAGGGUCUAUUACAGAGAAGCCAUGGGAGCCUUUAUUGUCUUUGACGUUACAAGACCAGCGACGUUUGAAGCGGUGACAAAAUGGAAAGAGGAUCUGGACUCUAAGUUGAUUCUCCCGAAUGGCAAACCCGUGGCGACCGUUCUCUUAGCAAACAAAUGCGACCAGGGAAAAGAUGUGCUUACGAACAACGGUCUCAAGAUGGACCAGUUCUGCAAGGAGAAUGGGUUUGUGGGAUGGUUUGAAACAUCGGCUAAGGAAAACAUAAAUAUAGACGAAGCUUCCAGAUGCCUGGUGAAACACAUAAUUGCUAGUGAGAGUGAUCUAAUGCAGCCCAUUGAACCAGAUAUUAUAAAACCACACCUGAAUUCUUCUAAUAUUGUCAGUUGUUCAGCUUGCUUUAAAUCCUAAGGGACUCCCAGACUAUUCCUGGAUACUAGAGCUGAGCAAAUAGUUAACAAUGAAUAAUUUAUCCAAAAUACACAACCUGUUUUUCUGCUCACAGAAUAUCCAUGAGCAGACUGCAAUUUUCUCAAAUGUAUGUGUUUUUUAAAAUUAUUCAAUGAUUUUUUGACUCUUUGGAUUGAUUGUGAACAGUUCACUUUAAUAGUAACUAUUCACAUUGUUUUGGUUAGUUGUGAUUGGUCAGAUAAGUCACAUGGUGGUGUUCCUACUCCCUGAUUAAAUGAGUGAGCAAGAAAUGCUCAGGCACGUGAUUUUAAAAUUUGGUUAGGACAUAAAAAUGGCUAUACUGGGUCAGACCAAUGGCCAUCUAGCCUAGUAUCCUGUCUUAUGACCAUGGGCAGUGCCAGACGCUUCAAAGAAAAUCAACAGAACGGGGAAAUUGCAAGUGAUCCAUCCCCUGUCAUCUACUCCCAGCUUCUGGCAG